AAAAAGGCAUUGUCAGUCCAACCGGAUACCGACCGGCAAUAGCCGGUAAAGCAGCGGCGCCACCGUCUCUCCCCGUCACUUCAGCUACAUGAAAUCCAAACUAGCUUGAGCCUAGUCUUCUUCCCAAACACUCUCUCUCUCUCUCUCUCUCUCUGCACGCAAUUGGGUUUGGUUUGCAAAUCCCGUGGAUCCAUACCCAUCUCCUUAUCAUUCGAAGCUUUCCAAUUUCUUCUGGGAUUUUCCCAGGAAAAAUUCCCAUUUUGAAAGAAGAAGAAGAAGAAAGCGGGGAAGAUUGCAGAGAAAGUUGUCAGCUUUAAUUAUCCAUGUGGUCGCAGUGGUAGUCAGUCACUGAAAGUGAGACGGCAUAGUUUCAAUACCAUCCUCCUUUUCUCCCCCUUUUUUUGUGCUGAGCUUCUCUCUGUUCUCUCUCCUCGCAAUGCACAAAGGAAUCUCUGCGUUUCAAGGCUCCUUGCGGUUCCAUUUCUAAUGUUUCUCCGCGAAACCAUGAAACUUGCUAGCUGAUGUGGCGAGUGCUGUCAAUUCCCUCGCUUCAGUAGAAAUGCUUCCCCGCUUUGAGAUCUCCUGAAGGUUUGUAGUAUCUCGUCUUGAGUAUUUUGAGCUGAUUUGGAGCUUUUAUAUGAAUUGAUGACUGUUAAUGUGCGUUCUUCAAAGUGGGUUAGUACGAUUUUGUGGAUUUCUGGAGGCUUAGAGACGGAGAUCUGAGUUUAGCGUAAAGUUCUGGUAAUUAGAUGUUGCCGCAGGAGCAAAAGCCGAGUUAUCAUCCAUGUUCAUGGUCUGCGAGCUGAUUUGUCAAGUCAUAAGCAUAAGCACGAUGGGGGUUUUAUUGGAUAAUGUUGGUGGGUUUGCUGUGCUCUUUAUGAAUGUGAGCUAACCCCACCAGCUCAGAUAACUGGGAAUAUCGGUUAUUUUGGGAACAAGCGGAAUAACGAGUUUUGAGGAAGUUUGGCUUGUAUCUAUGUCUGGAGCACCCAGAGCGAGGUCGAUGAAUGUGGCUGAUUCUGAGACGAGACCUGUACUAGGUCCAACUGGCAACAAGGCGAGUUCUCUGAGUGCCUGCAAACCCAGUUUGAAGCCAUUGAGAAAGAAGGAUAAGUCACCUGAUGAGUAUAGAACGGCCGAGGGAAAGAAGGCUUCUCAAUUUGCAACAGUUACUUCAUCCUCUCCCCAGUUGCAUCCUGCUAAUGGUUCCUCUGUACUUAGGCGGCACGAGCAGCUCUUGCAUUCUAACUCGUCCUUGAAUUUGUCUUGCUCAUCUGAUGCCUCUACGGAGUCAUUUCUUAGUCGGGCAUCUACUGGAAGACUCAUUCGAUCAAGUAGUGUUGGGUAUCAAAGAAAGCCUGUUUCCUCGAAGCCGAGGAGUGUCUUUUCUGAUGGCAGUUUGGAUUCUCUGCCAUCAGUAGGUCCACAGGUAAAAAAGACUUGCGCUUGGGUGACGCCAAAUACAGAGCCUUGCUAUGCUGCUUUCCAUGACGAAGAAUGGGGAGUUCCGGUGCAUGAUGAUAGGAAAUUGUUUGAGCUUCUUGUCCUCUCUAGCACCCUUUCUGAACUUACAUGGCCUGCCAUUCUGAGCAAAAGACACUUUCAGGUGAACGAGAAGAAGACAGUAACACCAGGAAGUGCUGCGAGCUCCCUUCUAUCAGAAUUAAAAUUGCGUGCUAUCUUUGAAAACGCGCGUCAAAUAACUAAGGUAAAUUAGCGAUUUCAUUUCUAUUUCACAGACUGCCUUCAUGGAUUGAGCUGGAGAAAUUUCAAGGGUUAAUUACUUAAAACGCGAUUGUGCCUCUGAAGUCAAUGGUGCUCAAUUAGGUGCCAAUUUGAUUCUCUUGCAAGCUGUUAACGUUUCUCCUAAUUGUCCCCUUUUGCGAGUGGGAUUAGUUUUUAUCAUCAAUAGACAUAUGUCCCGGUUGGUCCAUGCUGCUCAUACUAUCUGGGACCACAGGCAUUGUGUCUUCUAUUGGACAAUCAUUCUAGUGUCUUCUAGUGGAGUUUUAGUGAACUUCCCAUCACAAUUGAUUAGGUGAAAGUAGUUGACUUGUGGUCCUCAUCCCUCCUAAAUCCGAUUGAUCUAGAUAAGACAAACCAUUCUCUACAGCCUGAUCUCUCUC